CUUCAAGUACUUUUGCCAUUACAGAAACUGGUCGAGUGGUAGACGACGGGAAAAGAGAAACCAUGUAUAGUCAUAUUCCACCGAACGCCUUGACUUCUCCACAGAUGGGAAAUGAACAGUUUGUAUUUCUGGCAACUUCUCCUGGUUUAGCUUCAUCUUAUGGACCAGCAAAUCCAAUGCCUUCAACAGCAAUGCCGUUUCCAGGCCAAGGAGCUCCUCAACUAACCGGCAUAUCUUCCUCAGCUGCAUAUGGUUGUGGUCCAGUUAUAGGGGUACAGGUGCCCAUGUGGACACAUGUACCACAAACAUCUCCUACAGUCAUGGGAAAUGUGAUGCAGUACCCAACGCAGCCCUUGCAGUACCAAGCUUGCAUCAUGCCUCCUGUACAGCAUACCAAUCAUGGAAUGUGCUUCAAUAAUCAGCCAUACAAUCAAAUGCAGCCAUACAACAUGCUACCACAUCAGUACAUUCCUGUGCCUAACAGAGGAUUUAGACAACGUUUUUCUAUGGGGCAACCACCAAAUGUACCCCAUGUAAUGUCUCAUGAUUGUGUGCCAGUUGCUAACUCUGGGUUUUCUCACCCCGCUGGAGGGAUGGUCCAUCCUCAGUUCUUACCGCCUGACCCUCAUGCAAGGGAGGCAAUGUAUGAGAUGUCCAUAUUUCAACAGGCUCAGUAUAUUCCCCAGUAUCCUACAACAACUCAUCAACAUCCACAGAUAUCAGCAGUUGUUCAGAGAAGACCUGGGGUUGUUAAUCAGCAGGCAUACCUAGAGGUACAAAAAUCACUUCCAAACUCAGAACAGCAGGGAGGAGUAUGUGCUGUUCAUUUGCUACAUGAAGAAGAGUCUGCUGGGAUGCAUAGACCUGUUAGAUCCGAUGGUAAUUCCAUUGCUGGUUUGUGUGAACAGGCUCCAGCUCCUCCACAACAGCACAUAUUGGACAAUACAGAUUCCAUUCAAUCUCCUCACCAGCACAUGUUGGACUGUGUAGAAUCUGUUCAGGUUCCAUGCCAGCAAAUAGUGGACAAUUCAGAAACCAUUCAGUCUCCACGACAGCACCUGUUGGAGAAUGCAGAAUCAGCUCAGUCUCCACGCCAGCAUUUAUUAGAGAGUACAGAAUCCAUUCAGUCUCCACAUCAGGACAUGUUGGACAGUUCUGAAUCCAUACAGGCAGAUGCCACUGUUUCACCCAGCCAAAUGACUUUAGUGCCCAGUCCAUCAUCUUCAGAUGGUGUGCAAACAGUGUGCAGUAGCCCAGUACAGUCAGACAGUGAAGAAGGUGAACUGACAGUUGCAGAAGAUGACCAAAUUCCAACCAAGGACACAAGUGAUGAUAUAACUCUCCAUGACUCUCCAGUUGAAGUAAACAAUGCAGAUAAUUUUGAAAGGUUGGAGCCUGAGCAGCCCUAUGACAGUUCUUGUUUGAAACCAGAACAGUGCAACUUAAUUGUUCAAACAAAACCAUUGAUGAAAGAAGAGAAGUAUGGCCCUCAAAAGAGGGAAGUUUGUGGAUCCUCCUCUAUAAAUCAGGGAGUGGAAGGUAUCCCUCAAAAUGCAUUUGGUCACCACUUAACUCAGCCAUGCAUCUCAAGAGAAAGUAAGACCAGCACUACUCAAAUGCAUAACCAUUACCACCGGUCAAUUCGAUCCCUUAUUGACACACCUGUAUAUGACACUGCCCACAGUAGAGUGCUUAGUCAACUUUCACACCCUGAUGCUACCUCAACACCAUCUCAUGAUGGAAGCCCAGGCCGCCCUUUGACAACUCACUUCAGGCAACUGUUUAAACCUAUUCCUCACAAUACCUCAAAGAGUGCUAUAAAGGAAGAUGGAAGGAGUUAAGGAAAGAAAUGAAGGGAACAGUUUUCUUUGAGUUGAAUACUGUAUUAUAUCAGUAGUGUACAACCUUUCGAUUCUAUUCAUUACUAAACUCUUUGCAUGGUUACUUGCAAGCUUAAUCAGUGUUCAGUUUUUACAAAGGUUAGGGCUCAUUUUUCCCUAAGUGUACACCAGUCUUGCCACAAGUUACUUUAUUCAUCUAUUUUCAUUAAUUUAAAGGAUUGGUUAAAAUGAUUGAAUUUAUGCAAGGGUAAGGGUAAAGGCUUGUUGCUGGACUUCUCUCUGUUUUUGGCAAAAAUGCAACUAAAAGAUAUUGUAGUAACAUCACCCCUGAAUAGAACGCAAGUUCAUUUCAGGUUACCUCUUUAGCAUUUUUUAAGGGUUCCUUGACAAUUUGUUAAUGUCUAUUGUACUCUAGAGUAGAGAGAGUAAAAUUUCUUUCCCAGACAACUUUAUCCCCUAGAAACAGCAUUUAAAUGAGUAUCAUGAAAACACAUCCAAUGUAAUUGUAAUAACGUAACAAGGAAAAAGAUAAUAUUGCAAGAAGCCAUUGAGAAAUCAAAGUUAAAACAAGUAAUCUGCCUUAAGUGCCAGUAAACAAUAGUGACUAAGUUGCAAUUGGUUGUAGCCUUGCAUCUCUCGCAAGUAAACUUCUAACUUUUGACACUCAGUUAAAAAAAAAAUGUUCUGGUCUCAUGAUUAGUGUGUGUGACUGUAUUGUCAGAUGGCUAUAGGUCAAAUGUAGGAUACAUUGAAGAUACUGUGCUUUGUUUUGCAAUAAAAGUUUGAGCCUUGCAAA